CCUCAGCCGCGGUGCAUGCUGGGAGACUGAGGCAGCGGAGCAGCAGCAGCAGCCGGCUGACUUCACCUCUCGGUGCUCCGCCGGAUUAAUGUGUCAGGAGGACAGCUCUGCCUUUAACCGAGUCAUGGAAACCUGUGGACAACAUCUCACGGUGUAGGCAGGAGGACUCGUUGAUUGCCAGAGCGCCAUGGAACCAGAUGUCAUCCGCAUAUACUCGUCCUCUCCACCCCCGAUGGAGGACGGCGCAGAGGAAGAGGAAAACGACUUUGGAGACUUCGGCACCUUCUCCAGCGUCCCCGCCAGCAUCAGCUUCACAGAGUUCGACACCCCGACGACUUUCAACCAGACACAGGCUUUGAACGCCACGUCCCCGCCCGAACUCAUCAACAACAGAGGGGUGGUAGCGUUCAGUCACAGCUCGUCCAACGGCACCCACAGCCCCAAUAUUGACCUGUCAAAGGCUAAUGGCGUUGUGCCGUCAGGCCACCUGGACAGCUGUCCCUCAGAAAGAACUGAGAUGAAAAAAGUCCUCUCUAGCUCUCUGGAUUUCUCAGUGAGCGAGACAGCUGGCGGCGAGCCCGCUGACUGCAACGGCGGCGGCACAGAGGUGCUAACAAACGGGUUUGCAUCCCUGGACGUUCAGGGAAGUCCUUCCUCGCAGAAUUCUGUCCACUCACUCAUAAUAGGAACGUCCACCGGGGACAAUGGCAGCAUCCCCGUCGAGAGCCCAGAGGACGAUUUUGCAGACUUUGCUGCUUUUUCAGAUGCUGAAGCACACCUGAGCCAGACGGCUGACGAGGACUUGGACAACCCCAUAGAGGGCAGCUGGUCGGCGGAGGAACACUGUAAUAUAAGACAGGGAACGACCUCAGAGGACAAUGUCAGGGACACAAACAGAACUGGCUCUGAUUCCUUAUCUGUCCCCGCUGAGGCUCCGGACUGGGGCUCGCACACAGACGCUGACUCUCACCAAAGGGACGUAGCCUUUGCCUCAGAGGCAGUUUGCACUAACACACCCCUCGCUCUGAACGGGGUGGAUGUAGCUGACAGGGACGAUUCCAAAGACGCUGCUGGCUGCUGUGAAAAUAAUCUCUCACCGGAUGCAGACGGCGAGGCAGGGCAGCCGGACUGGAAGGGCUCCGGUAACGAGACCGAGACAGAAACCGAGACAGAGACUUCCUUUGGUCGGCCGCUGUCCACAGACGCUCUGGAGGAGUAUGGUGACAUGAGCACUACGGGCUCCGUGCCCUCGCCGCUCCCCCAAGGGGAGACCGCCACACCUGCAGACCACAGCCAGCUGGCCGAGGACGACAUGGACGAGGACUUUGGGGAUUUUGGAGACGCCGGCUCAUUCAGUGGUCAGGGUUUUGCAGAUUUCGAUCAGCUGGAAGCCCAGGAGGAGCCGAGCAAGUCUCACAGCCCCGCCCCUGCACAGGAAGCCGCAGACGCCGCGGACAAUGACGCCAAGGACGAUGACGACUUUGGCGACUUCGACUCCCCGAAAUUCCACACAGGUGGAAACGAGGCGGAGGAUGGAGGAACAUUUGCAGACUUUCCCGUCAGUGACAGUUUUGGGAAUUUCAGCUCAGCGACAGAUGGAGCAGACGAUGGGGGGGACGCAGGGUGGAGCGCCUUUGGGGAGCAGCAGCAGGUGGAGGGGGAAUCCUGGGCGGCGUUCAGCACAGAGCCGAGUGACGCUCCUCCUGCAGACAGCAGAGAGGAGGAACAGGAGGAGGAGGAGGAGGAGGAGGAGGAGGAGUGGCAUCAAAGUGAAGCUCCUGCAGUCAGCGAGGAAGCCAGCAGGACAGAUGAACAGUCGGCGUCGCUCUCGAGUCGUCUGGAGAAGCUGUUUCAGAGCAGCUUCCCUCAGACCGCCGCCGUCCCCGUCAUUGAGGACGGGGAGGUGUCGACCCUGAAGAACCUGCUGGACCCUUUAGAGGAGAAACCACGGCCAGGAGCCGAGGAGGAGCAGGAGGAGACGUCGCCGGGCAACAGGUGUGUGCGUGGCAGCGUGUGGAUGCAGUUCCAGGACAUCCACGAGGCGCUCGGCCUCAGAUACCAGUGGGGGGGCUCCCACUGCAACAAAGUGCUGCUCUGCUGUCUGGGCAUCGACACCAGGAACAUUCUGUUCACAGGACAGAAGAAGCAGCCGGUCAUCGUGCCCAUGUACGCCGCCAGCCUGGGGAUGCUGGAACCCACCAAAGAGCCCGUGAAGCCCGUCUCUGCAGCAGAGAUGAUCGCUUCGAUAGCACAGGCGCCUCCAGCUGCUUCAGAGAAAACCUCCGGGGCCCCAGACACAGUCCAGCAGGAGGCGCUCCCACCCGUCCAGUUCGACUGGAGCAGCAGUGGCCUUACUAACCCUCUGGACGCGAGCGGAGGCUCUUCUCUGUUAAACCUGGAUUUCUUUGGUCCUGUGGAGGAUUCAGGCUCCACCAGCUCAACCUCCAUCCCAGGUGUCGACCCCGAGCUGUACGAGCUGACCACGGCUAAGCUGGACCCGGGAAACUCCGGCAGCCGGGUGGCCGACGCCUUCGCCCGCCUGAUGUCCACCAUGGAGAAGACCAGCACCUCCACCAGGAAGCCGAGGAGAGAGGAGAAUCUGAGCGAGGAGGCGUCCAAAGUGAUCUCAGGUCUGCCCGACCUCUCCUUCAUGCAGGCCAAAGUGCUGAUGUUUCCCACCACGCUGACGCCACUCGGCUCCACAGCCACGCCGGACUGAAGCCCCGCCCCUCCCCUCCUCUAUUACUGACAUCACCCCCCUGUCUGUUUGGCCCCGCCCACUGGAUCGCUCAUUUUCUUUUCUUUUUUUCUUUCUCUUGCUGCGGCUUAGCUCCUCCCCUUCGUACAUUUUUUCUUCUUUUUAAUUAGCGCGUUUUAUAUUUUGUUUUUCUAAUUUAAAAAUUAACAGCAAAGCAUUUAUCACGGCGGGGACGCUCGGCCGCCGACCGCGUGCACAUUGAACAGGAUUCAUGAUUAAUUUAUAGAGGAAGGUUUGUAGACGCCGUUCGUAUCCAGAAGAAUCAUCGUGUAUAUAAUCAGGGAUUCAACGUUUCUUCUUCGUUGGUUUUAAUUGGGGAUGAUUUGACGUCUCUGUGGCGAGCGUGUGUUCGUGUCCGUGUGAAGGAAACGCUGCAGCUCUUUGAAUCAAACUGAAGUGGUAUAUAUGUUUAAAGAAAACAUUUCUAUACAUCUAUAAAUCUAUCAAAGUAUAAAUCUAUAUUUAUGGACUUGAAA